GGGAGCGGAGCCCGGGCCGUACCGAGCCACGAGGCUGUGGAACGAGCUGACGCGCUAUUUCCGCGCGGGGAUGCCCCUGCGGCGGCACCGGCAGCGGCUGCGCUCGCACGGGCGCUGCUUCACGGCGGCCGAGGCCGCGGACUGGCUGCACCGGGAGCUCCGAGCGCACCGCAGCUUCGGGCCCGACGUCAGCCGGCAGCAGACGGUGCAGCUGCUGCGCAAGUUCCUCAAGAACCACAUCAUCGAGGACAUCAGGGGCAGCUGGGGGCACGAGCGGCUGGAGGACAACGGGGCCCUGUACAGAUUUCCUCCAACAUCUCCAGUCAAACCUCUACCCAGCCCACCAAGGGAGAACUUGGAAAACUCUGGAGACAAAGGAAAACUUUUUAAACUGCCCAGUUCCGCCAAGAAGAAAAAACAGGGGAUCCUGCAGUCUCUGGAAAACUUAGCAAGACCAAAAGCUGAUGGAACAGAGGAAAAGAAGGAAGACACCCUGCAAAGGAGGGAAAUAAGCCAGGAAGAUGUGCAAGAAACUUGGAGAAAUAUCAUCCAGAUCCAUUUACAAACCAUUUUGGGAGUGCCCUCGUUGGAGGAGGUUCUGCAGCCAGCCCAGAUCAUCCCUGAGUUUGUCAUGUACAACAUGAGCAACACCAGCAAGCACGGGGUGGUGAUCCUGCAGGACAAAGCAGAAGACCUCCCUCACUGGGUGCUGUCAGCCAUGAAGUGCCUGGCCCACUGGCCCAGGAACAAUGACAUGAGCCAAGCCACCUACAGUGGCUUUGAGCGGGACGUGUUCAGAACAGUUGCUGAUUAUUUUCUCAGCCUUCCUGAGCCAUUGCUUACUUUUGAAUACUAUGAUCUCUUUGUUAAUAUCUUAGAUCUGCUGCAGCCUCACCUGGAGAGAAUUGCAGUGGAAGCCCUGCAGAUCUGCUGUUUGCUGCUGCCCCCGGCGCAGCGCAGGAAGCUGCAGCUGCUGCUCAGGAUGAUGGCCAGGAUCAGUGGCAAUGUUGAUAUGCCAAGGCUGCACGAUGCCAUGGGCACCAGGACCUUGCUGAUCCAGACGUUUUCCCGCUGUGUCCUGCGCUGUGCAGAGGAGGAGGAGCUGGAUGAGCUCCUCUCCACACACCUGGUGUCCUUCCUGAUGGACCAUCAGCAGGAGAUAUUCCAGGUGCCAGCCCAGCUGCAGGCUGCUGUGCAGGGUCACCUGCAGAGCCUGAAGGUGGCUCAGUGCAAACAGGAAAAAGAAGAAAUUUGUGCCAUCUUGCCAACUUAUUCCUACUGCAAACAAAUCACUCCUCAGGAGUUUGAAGAACAAAAGGUCUCCACCUCACAGGCUGCAGUGGCAGAGCUGCUGGAGAACAUCAUCAAGGAUAAAAACCUCUCUGUGAAGGACAAAAAGAAAAAGUUAAAACAGUUCCAGAAGGAAUAUCCCCACAUCUACAGCAGCAGGUUCCCCAGCACGGCGUCGGAAGCGCUGCUCCUGGAGAACAAACCCACCAUCAAACAGCCCAUGCUGAGCCUCAGGAAAGCCAAAUUCCACAGCCUCAGGGUGGAGCAUCCUGCUGGAGGCUACAAGAAGCUCUUUGAGACCGUGGAGGAGCUGUCCUCUCCCGUGACUGCCCACGUCACAGGCAGGAUUCCCACCUGGCUCCGAGGAAGCCUCCUGAGAUGUGGUCCUGGCCUGUUUGAGGUGGGCUCUGAGCCCUUCUACCACCUCUUCGAUGGCCAGGCACUGCUGCACAAGUUUGACUUCAAGGAGGGGCAUGUCACCUACCACCGAAGGUUUGUCAGGACUGACGCCUACGUGCGAGCCAUGACGGAGAAGAGGAUCGUGAUCACGGAGUUUGGCACCUAUGCCUACCCUGACCCCUGCAAGAACAUCUUCUCCAGGUUUUUCUCCUACUUCAAAGGUGUGGAGGUGACGGAUAACGCCCUGGUGAACGUCUACCCCGUGGGGGAGGAUUACUAUGCCUGCACUGAGACCAACUUCAUCACCAGGAUUAACCCAGACACCCUGGAGACCAUCAAGCAGGUGGAUCUCUGUAAAUAUGUGUCUGUCAAUGGGGCAACAGCUCAUCCCCACAUUGAGAACGAUGGCACCGUUUACAACAUUGGCAAUUGCUUUGGCAAGAACUUUGCCCUGGCCUACAACAUCAUCAGGAUUCCUCCUCUGCAGGCAGACAAGGAAGACCCCAUGAACAAGUCGGAGGUGGUGGUGCAGUUCCCCUGCAGUGACAGGUUUAAGCCCUCCUAUGUCCACAGCUUUGGGCUGACCCCAAACUACAUUGUGUUUGUGGAGACCCCAGUGAAAAUCAACCUCCUCAAGUUCCUCUCCUCCUGGAGCCUUUGGGGAGCCAACUACAUGGACUGCUUCGAGUCCAACGAGACCAUGGGGGUGUGGCUCCACGUGGCAGAGAAGAAGAAAGGCAGACUCCUCAACCUCAAGUACCGCACCUCGGCCUUCAACCUCUUCCACCACAUCAACACCUACGAGGACAACGGGUUCCUGAUCGUGGACCUGUGCACCUGGAAGGGGUUUGAGUUUGUUUACAACUACCUGUACCUGGCCAACCUCCGGGCCAACUGGGACGAGGUGAAGCGGCAGGCGGAGAAGGCGCCGCAGCCCGAGGCCCGCAGAUACGUCCUGCCCCUGAGCAUCGACAAGGCUGACACAGGGAAGAACCUGGUCACCCUGCCCUACACCACAGCCACAGCCACGCUGCGCAGUGACGAGACCAUCUGGCUGGAGCCAGAGGUGAUUUUCUCAGGGCCACGGCACGGUACAAGGACACCCCAGCUCCCCCAGGGCACAGCAGCCAGGUGCUGCCUGCACACCACCAACCCUGCAUUUCUGUAUUUAUUUUUCCUUGCAGCCUUUGAAUUCCCCCAGAUCAACUACAGGAAGUACGGUGGGAAGCCGUACACGUACACCUACGGGCUGGGGCUGAACCACUUUGUCCCAGACAGGCUCUGCAAGCUGAAUGUCAAAACCAAGGAGACGUGGGUGUGGCAGGAGCCCGAUGCGUACCCGUCGGAGCCCAUCUUCGUUUCCCACCCGGAUGCUCUGGAGGAAGAUGAUGGGGUGGUGCUGAGCAUCGUGAUCAGCCCGGGGGCGGGCCCCAAGCCCGCCUUCCUCCUCAUCCUCAACGCCAAAGACAUGAGCGAGGUGGCCCGGGCCGAGGUGGAGGUGAACAUUCCCGUGACAUUCCAUGGGCUCUUCAAGAGAGCGUGAGCACACCCACACAGGGCCGGGCUCCUGGCAGCUCCCUGAAGGUGCAGUCUCCGUUUGCAGGUGACCCAAACUCCUUCCACAGCAUUUGUGGGGCUGCUUAACUCACUUCAGGCAGUUCAGUCGUGUCAAUGAUUCUUCAGAAUGGUUAAUCAGGUAUUUUUUAAUUGCACAGCACCCUUCGGUAUCGUUUCUAGCUAGGCCACAAGUCUGGGGUGGUGGAGAGGUUCUGUUUAUGCAAAAUUAAACUUUGUAGCUGCAGCAGAGUGAAAGAAGCUGAAAGAGCAGAGAGUAACCUCUGUGCUUCAGCCUAUGCUGAAGGAUUUGAAUUUAAACAUCAUUUUAAACAUCAUUGCUGUAGUUUCCUCAGAGCAAUCCUCAAGAGUGGAGCUUUUGCUGCUUUGGGAAUCCCAGGCAGAGUUUUGUUCUUCACCCAGGCUGCAAACUGCACACCUUCCCUUGUGUGUUUGCUCUUUGCUCUUUCUUUUGUCCAAGUGCACUUCCUUGAUUUCUGGAUUUCAUGUUAAAAAUGGACAUGAAAAAAUCAAGCAAUUGUUACCCCUUGGGCUGACUGUGCUUCCUUAGAGUGCUACAGAUGUUCAGCUUAAUCCUUCCUGCUCCCAAAAUGAACUUUCAGCUGAUGUUAAAAGAGGCUGUUGUUGAAAAUAAAAACUUUCUGCCAUCAGA